AUGGGAAAACUGAUGGUAACCAAGAGGGGGACAUCUGUGGCUGCUACACAGUGUAGCUCGGACGCUGUGAGUUUCAAGAAUCUGGUGAAAGGGAGAGAGUGGACAAUGAAAAUGGACAUGGAGGAUGCUGACAUGACUCUGUGGACGGAAGCUGAUUUUGAAGAGAAGUGCACGUACAUUGUAAAUGAUCACCCGUUGGAUCCCAGUGCCGACGGAGGCACCCUAACUCAGGCAGAGGCUUCCUUGCCAAGGAACUUGACUUUCAAAUACGCAUCUAACUGCAAAGAGGUCACUGGAGUUAUAAGCAAAGAGUACAUCCCAAAAGGAACGCGCUUUGGACCCCUGGUAGGAGAGAUCUAUACCAGCGAUACGGUUCCCAAGAAUGCGAACAGAAAAUACUUUUGGCGGAUCUAUUCAAGUGGUGAGCUUCACCACUUCAUUGAUGGAUUUAACGAGGACAAGAGCAACUGGAUGCGUUAUGUAAACCCUGGCUACUCCGUUCAGGAACAGAACUUGGCUGCUUGUCAGAAUGGAAUGAACAUCUACUUCUACACCAUCAAGCCCAUCCCUGCCAACCAAGAGCUGCUUGUGUGGUAUUGCCGAGACUUUGCAGAGAGGCUGCACUAUCCCUCCUCCAGAGAGCUGACAAUGAUGAACCUCACACAAACCCACGUUAAUCCAAAGCAGCACAGUGCUGAUAAAGAGGAGCUCUAUCAGAAAAGCAUCCCAAAGAAGGAGCACAGCGUGAAAGAAAUCCUGAAAAUGGAAUCCAAUCCUCCAAAAGGAAAAGACUUCUUCCAGACCAACAUUUCACCAGUUACUCCAGAAAAAGACUUGGAUGAUUUGCGUAAGAACUAUAGCCCGGAAAGGUGUUUCUUCCCUCGAGUUGUCUACCCGAUCCGACCUCAUAUUCCAGAAGACUAUCUGAAAGCUUCCUUAGCAUACGGGAUGGACAGACCCAGCUACAUUACUCACUCGCCCAUCCAGACGUCUACUACGCCGAGUCCUUCAGGGAGGAGCAGCCCAGACCAAAGUUUAAAAAGUUCAAGCCCUCACAGCAGUCCAGGGGUCACAGUUUCACCUCUGGCACCUACUUCCCAAGAGCACAGAGAGCCGUACUCUUACUUGAAUGGAUCGUAUGGCUCAGAAGGAUUGGGGUCUUAUCCUGGAUAUGCACCCCCUGGCCACCUCCCACCCGCCUUUCUACCAUCCUAUAACCCCCAUUACCCCAAAUUCCUGUUACCUCCAUUCAAUAUGAGCUGUAAUAACCUGAGCGCUUUGAACAAUAUCAAUGGCAUCAACAAUUUCAAUCUCUUCCCAAGGAUGUAUCCUCUUUAUGGCAACCUGCUCAGCGGAGGUAGCCUUUCCCACCACAUGUUGAACCCCACCACACUCCCCAGUUCAUUGCCCAGUGAAGGAGGCCGUCGAUUGCUGCAGCCUGAUCAUCCGAGAGACUUCCUCAUACCAGCACCUAACAGUGCCUUCUCUAUCACGGGCGCUGCUGCCAGCAUGAAGGACAAGCCAUGCAGCCCCACCAGCGGGUCACCCACAGCUGGUACAGCAGCCAGUUCAGAACACAUAAUGCAACCUAAACCUACCUCAGUGGUGUUGGCUGCCACCGGUGGUGAAGAAGCCAUGAAUCUCAUUAAAAGUAAGAGGAAUGUGACCGGUUACAAAACCCUCCCAUACCCACUGAAGAAGCAGAACGGGAAGAUCAAGUACGAAUGCAAUGUUUGCUCCAAGACCUUUGGCCAGCUCUCCAAUCUGAAGGUGCACCUCCGAGUACACAGCGGAGAGAGACCAUUUAAAUGCCAGACUUGCAAUAAAGGCUUCACGCAGCUGGCUCACCUCCAGAAGCACUAUCUGGUACACACGGGAGAAAAACCCCAUGAGUGUCAGGUUUGUCACAAGCGGUUCAGCAGCACCAGCAAUCUCAAAACCCACCUGCGGCUCCACUCUGGAGAGAAGCCUUACCAGUGCAAGCUCUGCCCGGCCAAAUUCACCCAGUUUGUGCACCUGAAACUGCACAAGCGUCUCCACACCCGGGAACGUCCCCAUAAAUGCAUCCACUGCCACAAGAGCUACAUUCACCUCUGCAGCCUCCAGGUCCACCUGAAGGGCAACUGCCCCGUCGCCCCUGCCUCUGGCCUCUCCAUGGAGGACCUGAAUCGAAUCAAUGAGGAGAUCGAGAAGUUCGACAUCAGUGACAAUGCCGACAAGUUGGAAGAAGUGGAGGACAAUAUCGACUUAACAUCGAUUGUGGAGAAGGAUAUACUGACCAUGCUCAGGAGGGAAAUGGAAGGAGCAAAUCUGAAAGUAUCUCUACAGAGGAACCUGGGAAAUGGACUUCUCUCCUCAGGAUGCAAUCUUUACGAGUCGUCAGAUAUGUCAAUUAUGAAGUUGCCUCACAGUCACCCACUACCUCUGUUACCUGUAAAGGUCAAGCAAGAAACAGUUGAACCAAUGGACCCUUAA